CUAGCUUACUAGUCCACCUCGAGAUUUAGCAAUUCACUAAACACAAGUGUGUCAGAUAAUCAUAGCACAACGCAAAGGGUAUGCUCUCACUGAAUUAAAACACACGUCUCACAGAGAAACGUUGCUCCACAGCACAGGGAACUCCAGUAGCCAUGUCGGGAAUCAAAAGGAAAAUAGAGGGCAAUGAUCCGGAUUAUGAUGACAUUUCGCUGGUCCAAAAUAGUAAGAGAAACAAAGCGGCUGAACACAGUGCCCGAGAAGCAGCUGUACAGAAGAUCGAAACCAUCAUCAGAGAGCAGUUUUCUUUGGAGAUGAAGAACAAAGAACACGAAAUAGAUGUGAUAAGUCAGCGACUCAAUGAAGCCAGGAGGAUGAUGGACAAGCUAAGGGCAUGCAUAGUGGCCAAUUACUAUGCCAAUGCUGGAGUAACAAAGCUCUCAGAGCAUGCUUCUAAGAGUGACCCUGCCGUGUUGAACCAUCCAGCCAUCCGCCGGUUCCUGGAGUCCCCAUCCCGGUCCUCGUCCCCUCUCAACCAGGGCUCUGAGACUCCGUCUCUGGCCCACUCUGAGUCCGAGUCCCUCUCACAACAAGGAGAAGGAGCUGAGAGGGAUGGAGAGGGAGCAUUGCGAGAGGACGGCAGCAGGCAGGAGCGCAGACCAGGGCGCAAUACAGGCAAGGACACAUUUGGCGUGCCGGUGUCUUUAGGAGCAGAGCAGAGGGUGACCUACCACAGUAUUGGAAAUGAAGCCUCUAGACUCUAUGCGAAAAAGACAAUCGUAGUCGGGAACGUGUCCAGGUACAUUCCCCCAGAUAAGCGGGAAGAAAAUGACCAGUCUACCCAUAAGUGGAUGGUGUACGUCAGGGGCUCCAGGAGGGAACCAAGUAUCGACCACUUUGUGAAGAAAGUCUGGUUCUUCUUGCAUCCAAGCUACAAACCCAAUGACCUUGUGGAAGUCAGUGAGCCUCCCUUUCAUUUGACACGUCGUGGUUGGGGCGAGUUUCCUGUGAGGAUCCAGAUCCACUUCAAAGACCCUCGCAACAAACGCAUUGACAUCAUCCACCAGCUUAAGCUGGACAGAACAUACACGGGGCUCCAGACACUCGGGGCAGAAACUGUGGUUGAUGUAGAGCUCCAUAGGAACUCUCUUGGGGAGGACUAUAUCCCUCAGCCCUCUUCCUCCAAGGUGACUCACAAAGCAGCCAGCCCCACGUUGGCUUCCUCCCUGGCCCAAAGUUAUGGACGCUCCAGUUCCCCCAUCUCACAUGAUUCCAGUGUAGACAAAGGUUUCAUCAAAGCAGAGAUGGGGAGGUCUGCAGGUGGCCAUAGCUCCAGCCUCACUGCCGGUGAACGCACCCCAACCCGACCCAAAGCUGGCGACAGGAUCACAUUGGGUUCCCAUGGCAACUCGGCCUUCCAGCCCAUAACAGCAAGCUGUAAGAUUGUCCCACAAGGACAGCCGCCAAGCCCUGCUGAGUCUCCCGGGAAAUCCUUCCAACCAAUCACCAUGAGCUGUAAAAUUGUUUCAGGGUCUCCCAUCUCAACCCCGAGCCACUCCCCGCUGCCUCGAACACCCACCACCUCCACCCCUGUCCACAGCAAGCAGAGCUCUUCAUCAGUCCUCAACAACCCUUACAUCAUUGUUGACAAGCCCGGCCAGGUGAUCGGCAUGGCUUCUUCAUCUGCCGCCUCCACAGGAAGCCCUACGGCCAAACAGUCUGUUGCUCAGGGCGCUCGCUCUCCAGCCCCCAAAGUUCACACUGGCACCUUCCUCUCAUCAGGGGUGAAGGUUAUUAUCAAGCAGGAGCCAGGGGAAGUUUCGACACAGCAGCAGCAGAUGGUUUCCACAGUAACCAGCCAGCAGCAACCUGCCGCUACAGCAGCACACCAGUUUGUCGCAGUGAAGGGAGGUCACAUGAUCUCCAUGUCGGCCCAGAAACAGGCAGGAGGGGCAACAGGGGCCACAACUAGCAAGAUGUUAGGCAUUCCUGUUAGCUCAACACUUCAGUCUGCGGUCAAACAGGUGGCUAUCAGCAGUGGGCAGAUUCUGGUCGCCAAGGGCAACCCCUCUGUCUCCAAGGUGAUGGGUGGGAAGCAGGUUUUGGCUCAAGGAGUUGCUAAAGCCAUCGUCAGUGGAGCCAGUGGCAUCUCUGGUCAGCAGGCUGCUGCCAAGGCGUCUGGUGGUUCAGGUGGCAAGAGUGGAGUGAUGGCUACUCUUCAGCUGCCAGCCAACAACUUGGCCAAUCUGGCCAAUUUGCCUCCAGGCACCAAACUCUACCUGACCACCAACAGUAAGAACCCCUCAGGGAAGGGCAAGCUGCUUCUCAUCCCACAGGGAGCUAUCCUCCGAGCCUCCAGUGCAAGUCAGCAGUCCCAGAGCAGCUCGUCAGCAGGCGCUGGGGGCUCCCAGACCUCCUCCUCCUCCUCUUCCUCUUCCAGCAAUCUACCUUCCAACCUCUCCUACACGUCCUAUAUCCUUAAACAGACCCCACAGGGCACGUUUCUGGUCGGCCAGCCAGCACAGGGUUCAGGGAAGCAGGGAGGUUCAAGUUCAGGAGGGCAUGCAGCAUCAUCUCCAGCAACCGUUAGCCAGCAGGCCAUCCGGGUGACAGCUGGACAGAAGGCGGCUAUCCUGGCUCAGGUGGUGGGUGGUUCUCAGGGUGCACAGGUGAAGUUGUCUGAUGGCUCAGUUAAGACAGUCACAGCGGCGGCAGCAGGCCACUUGUCCAAACCGGGGACGACCACAUUAAGGAUGACAGGCGGAGUCAUCACUGCCGCUAGUUCCACCCCCGGUUCUGUCAGCGCAGCAGCAGCAGUCAGUCAACAACAGGCUGCCGAUGGCGGGAAGUCUGCCUCUCAGCACCACUCGCUUCUGGUGGCAGCCAACCAAGCAGCAGUAAUUAGUGCAGCGAAGAGCGCCAGUGCUGCUGCUGGAGGCAGCAUGUCGAAGACAGCUGUGGCAGCCUUGGUCAAGGGAGCCGGCAACUCUGCCACAAUGACAAAGAGUGCUGCUGGUUCACCUGGAGCUGUAGUAACGGUAGCUAAAGGCAUUACCAACAUGCCCGUCGUCAGCAUGUCUAAGGGUGCAGGAGUAGGGACUGUGGUGGGUGCGCCCAAAAGCAGCGGUACGUCAUUGGUUACUGCAGCCUCAAUAGUCAGUGGAAUGGCAGCAGGAGGAGGGAAGACGGGUGCUACUCUCUCAGGUAUGCUGAAGAUCCACUCUGGAGGCUCCAGCUCCCAGCAAACAGUCUUGACCAUCCCUGCCAACCAGCUCAAGCAGCUGGGGGUCGGCACUGGCUCUGGAGGGAUGCAGACCAUACUCAUGCCUGUUGGGAAAGUCGUGUCUAAAGGCCCAGUCUCCAGUACUCCUUCCUCCUCCUCUUCCAUCACCCCUGGAGCAGCUGGAGCUGGAGCCUCCCCAAGUCCUGCCAGACAGGCAUCCCCCUCCCUUGCCCUGCCUCUGGCACAAGUGAAGACUGAGCCAGGUGCCAGCACAGCUGUCACAGCUGGUCCUUCUCCCCCGGUGACUGCUCCCGGCCCCACUUCUGUCCACGCAGCUACCACAGUUAAGCAGGAGCAAGGGACAGAUAACUCUGCACACGACUUCAUCAACACUGAGCACAUAGAGACCAUGAUGCAGCUGCUGACAGCUGUGGUGAAGAAGUUCCCUCUCAUUGUGCCAGAAAAGACCGAAGACUCCCAUCCAUUCUGUGCCUCUUCAACAGAACAGUAUUAUUCCUGGACUAUUGGCAAGCGCAGAGCAUCAGAGCUACAGCGAGCAGUGGCAGUAAAACGGGUCGUCCAGGAUGUGUUGGACCGCUCACCCCGCCUGCAGGCCCUCACGCCCCCAAAGACCAGAGAGGUGGUGCAGUGGUGUCGGCAGAGGGGCUACACGCCACCUGACCUCGAACCCCAACGCAAGAACGAAGAUGAGUCCAUUGAAGACAUCCUCACACAGAUAGACAGCGAGCCCGAGUGCCCGACAACCCUGAGUAGCUGCGAGGAGCUGGUGCUUCGGCUGGAGCAGAUGCAAGCUCUGCUAAAGACUGAACCAGAGGAGGCAGACGACAAAAUAGUGGACAUCAUUACCGUGACCCCUCCCUGCCAGAAACUGAAGGUCAAAGAAGAGGAGCAAGAGGCUGAUGCCGAGCCCAAGUUCUUUCUGGGACCCUGCAUGUCCGCUCAGUUUGUCAGUGAAACAGCGCAGCAGAUCGGGGUGACCUUCCAGCCAGUCGAGGUGGAGAAGAAUGUGUUUGCUCCAGUAGUCGAAGCCAUGAUUCUGAAGGCUACUGAACAGUUUGCCAGUGACAUCCUGAGAGAAGCUCUGGCUGGGGCCUACGCCAAAUCCCCUCAGAACAGGGCUCCGAGAGAAAUCACAGCCAUGAACAUCCACCAGGCGGUCAGUAGCAUCCCCACCUGUGACUUCCUCACCAACACACACAUGGGUUACCUUUCGAAAGACAAUUGAGGCUUAACAAGAACGACACUGACUGGUAAUCGACAAAUACUGAGACCUGAGGACUUGGACUUUUUGACUGCUGGUUAUGACCAAGCCAUAAGGAACAGCGGCAGCCUUUGAAGCCAAUUUGACAUAACAGCCAAAAUGUGGAAUUACAACUUCCGGGUCCCAUCACAUGAUGUCACGGCACCCAAAAAGACUGGAUGUCUAGAUGUCUGUAAAUCAGUGGAUACAUUUUGUUGAGGGUCAUGACCCUGGUGAAAUGACUCAUGUCACUCUAAGAAUUUGAUCAAUUUAAUAUGAUGAUAAUAUGAUACAGGGUUCCCACGGUAAUGAAAUUUCUGGAAAAGUUAGGAAAUUUGAAAUAUUGUUUUCCAGGCCUGGAAAUGCUUUGGAAUUGACAGCAAGCUUUGGAAAAAUUUUAAAUAUGCAUCGUUUUGACUUUCAUCUACAUUAUGCCCAUAAAAUUCCAGAAACUUGCCGAACAUCGCACAAAAUAUGAUGUAUUCAAAAUCUGGGCUGCAUGACCAUGGAUUGAAUUGGCUAUUUUUUAGCCCCAAAAACAACCUUUGACAUUUUGUAAAGUACUUGUAUGUACUUGUACUUGUAUGUGCUGGUCUGGUCUCUUGGCAUAGACAGCUAAUUGGUGGCAAUAAUGUCUAACUUGCAAGUAAAGGUAGCAAGUGCUAGCAGUUUCUCUGUCAACAAAUGCCUAGAAAGUGGUUGUUUUAUUGGCCUACCAAUUUUUUGCUAUUUAUAUAAAGUCGUGGAAAUCUGGUAAAAUAUUCUGGAAAAGGAAAGGAAAAGUCAUUGGUAAAAAUGUGUGGGAACCCUGGAUAUAGGGAUGUUUAUUCAGACAUUUUAUUGUCAGCAAUAGCCUCAUUAACCAUUAACCGACAAGUGAGGGGGGGUCUUAUUUUAUUGUAGAGCUGUACGUGGCAUAUUGCUUCGCUCAGCAUCUCCUUGCCACUUUAUUUGUCGAUACAAUACACGUUACACCUUGUCAUGACACUACUGCUAUGGUUGUGUUGAGAGUCCACCUGCCCUGUACACACACAGUGACAGGGCUAACUGUUAGCAUCACACAGCUAAUGUUACCUUCUGGGUUUAAUGACAGAGUCGGGCCGUUUUGGUGUGAAUGUCAGUUUGCUGGGACUGUUUUAGAUGUUUACCACUCCUGCAUUAGCUUGUGCUAACUAUGCAGAUGUUGAACUGACCAUACUGUGUAACAGAGUUUGCUGAUCCUUUCCAUCAGUGAAGAGGAUUAUUUUUCAGUGAGGGGGGAUUGGAUUGUCUCUCGUAUAAAGCCUCAUUUCCACUGCACAAAAAACCCGCCAACAUCUGACUUUCUAAUGCAAUGUGAAAGUGUACAUAUGAUUCUGCAGUAGACGCAGGUAUUAAUGGUGUUGGCACUGAUUGGCGUUGAUGGGAACAGAACACCCGAGUGAACGCACUAAGCUCCUUAACCGGCGAGGUGCAAUGAUGCGCCGCCACGAAUUACUCUCCGUCUCCACCUAAGCAGCGCUCGAACAUCGAUCCAUACUAGUCUGCACCGAGUUUGAAAGAGAGUGAAUCAGUAAGAGAUAUAUAAAGAGAAAUAACCAUCGUAAAGUUUUCA